GAAAUACUGAUUUUAGGCUGCGGAAGCUCGAGUUAUAGUCCUUAACCGUGUGAUUGUAAAACAGGAUAGAUUGUAACAUUAGCUGUAUUAGUUAGCCAGCUAAUCUCAUUCUCUUCGUUCUUAAACGGGUAACUAAACACCCCGCUUACGGCUGUUAUGGACCUAGGACUUACUUUACUAUUACAAACCACACGGGGUGGGAAAUUAUGAAAUCGGAUUCUUUACAUUGAUGAUUGAAUGUGAUGUUGAUCAUCGCCUUGUUCACGUUAGAUGGCACUGAGCCACCGUCGACCAGUUAAAUGUCCAUACGCUUUUUGUAUCUGCGGUGUUUAUCAGUAAUCGACCCCGACAAAUCUGCAUGUCAAAAAUCGUCGUUUCCCCUUUUAUUUAUUUCCGCAGAAAUUGUCUAUGAAUCGACGGUCUGACUGUCUAUUGGCGUUGUCUAGCAGUGUAUCUGAGUUCGAUUAAAGUACACACCAACAUAUUUUAUACGACCGUAAUGGUGCACGCUCGUUUUAAGGUACCGUUAAACGCUGUUAGUAUUUUGUUAGUACAUGCCCGUUCGCUUGUGCGCAUGCGCAGGCUCAAAUGACAUUUGAGGGCAGAUCAGAGGGAUAGGAGUUAAUAAAAACACAACAGGAUGCCCUCUUACCCAUUACCCCUCUUACGCUCCUUCGGCUUAUCGGCAGAUUGAAACCGCACAAUAGUUCGAAAUAGAACUGCAAGGGUCUUCAUCAUACCAGCAGUCACGAUGGGUCCAGUACUGUUGCGUCGUAUUGCAUCACAUUGGAACAACAGAUACUGUAACCUGAAGUAACAGAAAGACUCAAGUGUACAGUUCUGUUUGAUUAAUCAUGUCUAGCCUGUCAAGGGUGAAAUAUUUUUGAAGAGACAGAGGUCUUCUGCAUACUACCUUCCCCAGCUAACAAUUUUUCAUUCAAGAAACGUUUACCAACUGUUACAAUUUAGGUAUGGAACCAAAGAAUCCAGUUCUCCUGAUCUUCUCUUAACGUUGUCCCUGAAUUACAACAACUAAGACUAAUAAUAUAAAAGCAAAUGAAGGACAUGGUUGGACAGCGAGUAACACUGCUGCUUUACACACCGAAUGUCAUGGGUUCAAGACUGGACAGCGCAUUCGCAGUAUUUGGUCAUGCGACUUGUGCUCACCCUCCCGACCCUGCUGUUGCUUCUGGUGGUGCCUGCCAGCUGCGGCCGCUAUGAUGAUUUUGACGAUGGCGAGGACCUGGCCGAGUUUGAUGACAAUGACUUCGCCGAGUUUGAGGAUAUGAGUGAGGACCGGGCGCUGGAGGAGGAAGAGGAGGAGGAGGACUCGACCCCCAGUCCCCGGCCCACAGCCUCUGUUGGUGACGAGGAGGACGACGAGGCUGUGGUGGAGCUGGAGGACUCCCAUGAUGACUUUGAGGACGCCGAAACGCCGGAUGAAGAUAUUAAGUAUGACACAGAGGAGUUUGAGGGCUUUGAGAAAAGCAACCCCUCUUCCAAGGACCCCAUCAACAUCUUAACUGUCCCGGCCCACCUGCAGAACAGCUGGGAGAGCUACUACAUGGAGAUCCUCAUGGUGACGGGGCUGCUCGCUUACAUCAUGAACUACAUCAUCGGCAAGAACAAGAACCAUCGCCUGGCGCAGGCUUGGUUCAACUCGCACCGAGAGCUACUGGAGAGCAACUUUGCCCUGGUGGGCGAUGACGGGACCAGCAUGGAGGCGGUGAGCACAGGGAAGCUGAACCAGGAGAACGAACACAUCUACAACCUGUGGUGCUCAGGCCGCGUCUGCUGCGAGGGCAUGCUCAUCCAGCUGAAGUUUCUGAAGAGGCAGGACCUGCUGAAUGUGCUGGCCAGAAUGAUGAGGCCUGCCUGCGAUCAAGUGCAAAUAAAGGUCACCCUGAAUGAUGAGGACAUGGACACGUUUGUCUUUGCCGUGGGAAACAGGAAGGCCAUGGCGAGACUGCAGAAGGAGAUGCAGGACCUGAGCGAAUUCUGCAGUGACAAGCCCAAGUCAGGAGCAAAGUACGGGCUGCCAGAAUUCCUGGCCAUCCUGUCAGAGAUGGGAGAGGUUUCAGACGGCAUGAUGGACAGCAAGAUGGUUCAUUACCUCAUCAAUCACGCCGACAAGAUUGAGUCAAUCCAUUACUCGGACCAAUUCUCUGGUCCAAAGCUUAUGCAAGAGGAGGGUCAACCCUUAAAGCUCCCUGAGACUAAGAAGACCUUACUGUUUACGUUUAACGUGCCUGGAAUGGGCAACACGUCCCCAAAAGACAUGGACACCCUGCUUCCUCUUAUGAACAUGGUCAUCUACAGCAUUGACAAGGUCAAGAAAUUUCGCCUCAACAGAGAGGGGAAGUUGAAAGCGGAUAAGAACCGGGCCCGUGUGGAGGAGAACUUCCUAAAGCAAACACACGCCCAGCGGCAGGAGGCGGCGCAGACGCGGCGUGAGGAGAAGAAGCGGGCAGAGAAGGAGCGCAUCAUGAACGAGGAGGAUCCCGAGCGACAGCGUCGCCUAGAGGAAGCGGCUCAGCGGAGGGAGCAGAAGAAGCUGGAGAAGAAGCAGAUGAAGAUGAAACAGAUCAAGGUGAAAGCCAUGUGAAUGGGGAACAGGCAGCUGGCUCCAACAACUUCCGCUGGUCCCCUUUUCAGCCUCCACACGGCACCCCUGCCCUUUACCAGACCCGCAGCACCCCCUCCCCUCACUCCACUCCCUCAACCUCAACUACGGUCCUCCACACUCUCCCAUUGGCUCGUGUCUCAUCAUCAUCAUGGAAACAGUCAUCCUAUAGACUGGCAGAUGGGAGGACUGAGUGAGGCUCUUCCCCUCUGUGGGGCCAGGUGUAUGUGCUCUUGGGCCAGGAGGAAUAUUGGUCAGGGAGCGUGUCGGUCAGGGAGAGCCUUCUAGACUACUCUAAUCGCACUACAGCUGGGGUGUAAUGAUCAUCUGAUGAUGUUAGGCCGUCGUUUAGUAACGAUGGUUCUGUUUUUAGUGUUAAUGCCAAGGUAACAUUUAAAAAAUGGACAUUCAUUCUGUACUUAUAAGUGAAAGGUAAAUAUUGUGAAAGGUAUAAAUUCUGAUAAAUAUUUAUUCUUGCUGGAAGCUUGUUUUUAAGGCAAAAUCCAUUGGCAGCUCUGUUCUCAAUAAAAAAUAAAAUACA